AUGGACUGGGUGUUUGCGUUCCUUGACAGUGCCCCGCUAUUGCGCUCCCAGGGACUCGCAUUCAGUCCCUCGAGUCGAGCUCAUGCGCCGCCCACUCCCCUCUUGCCGACUUGCGGGGCUCUGUUCCACGGACCUCUGUCUGUAGGAGAGUUUGCUGAUGAGGUCUUCUCGUGCUUGGGAGUGGCGGUCGAGAGGAGUGCCGCGCUUGCCGAGCAGUUUGUCUACGCAGAACGGGGUAACAAGAAAGAGGGGGAGGUGCUGGUCCCAGUCCGAAGCGUCGGUGGAGAACUUGGACCAGGCGACCCCUAUACCGGAAGCUUGGCUGCCGGUUUCGAGGCUCUGCAGAAUGACAGGGAGAUGUGCCAGGCCGCGGCCGUAGUGUUCGAUGUCAUCUACGUAGCCCGCGGCCACGACCCGUCGACCUGUGCUGGUGAAGUAGCGCGAGACACUUCCAGUGAGGAGACGGUAGCUGCGAUGACCCAGUGGGUGCUUGGCGGAGUGCUCGGCUACGCCCCUCUCUUGGGCAUCCCUCCCUCGACGGACGUGCAGAGCGAAGACCGCCGCUCUCCUGCGUGCAGGACUUGGUGUGAAUCUGCCGGGAGCCUGGGCGUCCCGGUAUACUCUCCGGCCGAGAUGCUCGUAGCCGCUGUGGCUUCUGACCUGCUUCUGCUGCUCAACGGCUGUUAUGCAGCCCGCCUGUCCACGUCCCCUGCUGACGUCCGUGUGCCUUCAGGUGCCGUUUGCCUUGCCAUUCUUCCGGCCGCUGGGAGCGAUGGAUGCUCCCUUCUGACCGCCUGCCGCUGGACCUUUCUGCCAUGGCCUGCCGAUGCCACCGUGCCAUUGGCGGCAGUUGGACAGAGCGCCUCCAACGCCCCCAUGCAGAUGUGGCCGCCCUUGCUGACACGUGGGCGACGCAAGCGGGCUUGCCCUCCCCGCGCACCUCGCCAUGUCGUCAUGUCGUGCAAGGCCUCAGCCCCGGCCGCGGACAUGCUACGCGACGACAUAGAGGCGGAACUCCAAACCCUCGCAACCGCCGAGUCACUCCGCCAAGCAGCCCGGGCCUGGCAACAUAAGGCUCGCGCUGACGCCCUCCCGCUCAAUGCGCGGAACAAGACGCUCUGCGCUGGCCCAUCCUGUCCGCAUGGCGGGGGCUUGUGGUUCUCCCCGGGCGUGAGCGCUGUGCACAGUCGCUUCUCACUGAGCUCCGUUGGGCCCUCCUGCGUCCGCCUGCUGCUUUGGCCAGACUCCGACGAUUGCCGUUGGAACUGCGGCGCUCGCCCAGCUUAUCUCCGGCCAGACGCGGCUGCCCUUUGCGUCGUCGUGCCCCGUCCCUUGUGGGCGAUCUCCUACAGCGCGUCCAGCAUGUUGCCGACUCCUGCCAAGCCGGAGCUGGCUCCCAAGCAGCUCUCCCAUCCGUGCUGCGGCUUAAGCAUGUUCGGCGGUGGCUGCUGGCACGCACCCGCCAAUGUAGUGGCGCGGAUCCCGGCAGCUUGCAACUUGCAACGCUUGCUCCUCUUAGCCUCGCAAGCACUGGACUUCCUUGUGCCGCUCUUCCCGGUGUAA